AUGGAGGUGGAAAAUGAAAAGGCUGAGGACGGCCAGCGCGUCCAGCAGCUCUUGCAGGUCAUUGCAGAAUUCAAGCGGCGCGAAUACCUCCACCUCUCCCUCAUAUCUUCUCUCGAACGCUCCUUAGCUGCAGCGCAGCAAGGGGGGGCCCCCUGGGGCCCCUCUUUGGGCCUUUCCCAAACCAAAGACAUUCGAGAAGAGGACUUGGGGGCCCCCCAGGGGGCCCCCCAGGGGGCCCCCCAGGGGGCCCCCGGGGGGGCCCCCCAGCCCGGGGGCCCCCCGGGGGCCCCUGGCUUCGGGGUUUGGCCGUAG